AGUUUCCUCAUAAUGAAUAUGCUGGGUAGAAUCUCUCAUAUUUUACGAAGAGACAUUACAGCUCAUGGAUUCAGUAUUUCUCAACGGGAAUAUUCCUUCAAAAGUGCCUUCGCCCUCGAGAAUUUGUAUCCAAAUAGUAAUAUUAAGCUGUACCAUCCAGAAUUUAAAAAUGAGGAUCCAAAAGCCGAAUUUACUGGGUUCAUACCUAUGGACAAGCUGACCGUUUCGUACUGUCGUAGUAGUGGUCCUGGAGGACAACACGUUAAUACUGUCAACACUAAAGUCGAUUUAAGAUUCGAAGUGAAAAGUGCUGACUGGAUCUCCCAAAACAUUAGAGAUAAAUUAUUAAUUCAGGAGAAAAAUAGGAUCAAUAAAGACGGCUUUCUUAUCAUAAAAUCGGACUUGACGAGAUCCCAACAAAUGAAUCUAGCAGACGCACUAGAACGUCUCCGAGUGAUGAUCAGAAAAACGUUAGUGAUAUCUCCAGAGAUAUCACCACAGACCGAGGAAAAAAUCCGUAAGGGGCAAAUGAAAGCAGCUAGAGAACGAUUAUUUGAAAAACGGUCUCGAUCGUUAAUAAAGCAAAGUCGUAGAUUAGAAGAUUAAGAGAAUGAUUCGCAGUGAUUUCUAAAUGUACAUAAUUUAAUAAUCAGAAUUAAUGCAUCAAUAAAUUCAAUGUUUUACUCGAUAAUUUCAAUAAGUACUAAACAACAUCAUUCAAUAUCACGAUUGGAUCGGUCAAACUCCUAUCUACUCGAACUUGAGAACUAUAGCAGAGAUUACCUUUGACUAUAGCCAUGAUAAAUUGAACGUGAACGAUGUACUCUAAAUAAUAAAAUUAUUGAUUGUUCUGGAUCAGUCAUAUAGCGGAAUUGUCAUUCAUAAUCAAAAUGAGUUCAGUGCUCUGUUUUUGAUAUGUUAAAUAAUUAUGAUUGGAAUGGUUCAUGUGAACAACGGCUAAUAAAAUCAGGAAUGAAAUGAA